CAGAACUUCAGAAUGUUACAGACAGGAACAUUGGUAACAAUGGUGCCUGUCCUGCUGUUUCUGCUGCUCCUACUGGGCCCUGCAGUCUCCCAGGACGCCCAAGAUGAUCAUUACUCUCUGACCUAUUUCUACACUGGGCUGUCCAAGCCCAGUGAAGACUACCCCAAGUUUUGGGCCGUCGGCUUCCUCAAUGACCAGGAAUUCUUCCACUACGACAGUGAAAGCAGGAAGGCUGAGCCUGUGGGACCAUGGAGGCACGUGGAAGGAAUGGAGGAUUGGGAUAAGGAGAGCAAACUUCAGCAGGCCAGGGAGGACUUCUUCCUGGACACGCUGCAAGACAUCAUGGACUAUUACGAUGACAGCAAUGGGUCUCACACCUUUCAGGGAAAGUUCGGUUGUGAGCUGCAGAAUAACAGAAGCAGUGGAGCAUUCUGGAAGUAUACCUACGAUGGAAAGGACUUCAUUGAAUUCAACAAAGAAUCCUCGACCUGGGUUCCCUUAGACCCAGCAGCCUGGAACACCAAGAAGAAGUGGGAACCCUAUGCGCAGAAUGCCAAGGAGUACCUGGAAGAGGAGUGUCCUAGGAUCCUGCAGAGGUACCUGAACUACUAUCCUCCCUCUGUGGCAGGAACCAGCCGCAAGACCAGAGAGGACGUUAUCCACAUAUGCCAGUCCAAUGACCUCGACCCACAAGGAAUUGGUCUGCUAUGGACUCUGGGGUGUGAGGUGCAGGAUUCUGAGCCAGGGGGUGACCUCAUUCCCAGCAGAGGGUGCAUUUACCUGUCCUCCGUGCUCUUAGGGGUGAUCGCUCAGGAAGGAGACCUUCAUUACUGCGACACGGAGAAUGGUGCCCUGACCCAGCCCUUCUUGGUGCCCUCGUAUGGCAGGCAGGACACAGGGGCCGGGGGCAGUGGGGGAACUAAGUCCCAGUAGCCAUCCUUUUUGCCAGUCGUGAGAGAGCCGAACUUCACGAGAUAUCCUCAGUGGCAUCGGCAGGGCCAGGAGCAGUGCACAGGACAGAGAGGAGACAGAUUCACAGAGAGGAGUAAAACGCCGGGAACUGAGCUGACUCUCAUGGCCACGUCGCCUCACCUUGCUAAUCACGGCCCCCGAGUCCAACCUGUAGAAUGUAAUAAACAAUAAACUUGCCUAGCACAACACA